GGAGCUCCCGGGACUCGCGGAGCCGCCGCCGCGCACGGAGCGGAGCCGCCGGUGCCCCGGAGCCGCCGCGCCAUGGAGCCGCCAGGUCCUGCCGGGGCGCCGGGGCGGCCCUGGGAUGAAGCCAAGGCUUUCUACGACAACCUCGCCCCCAAGAAGAAGCCCAAAUCGCCCAAACCCGAGAACGCCAUCACCAUCGCCGUGUCCUCGCGGGCGCUGUUCCGCAUGGAGGAGGAGCAGAAGAUCUACACGGAGCAGGGCGUGGAGGCCUACGUGAAAUAUCAGCUGGACCACGAGAACGAGCCCUUCCUCCCCGGGGCAGCCUUCCCCUUCGUCAAGGCUCUGGAGGCAGUGAAUGCUCAGCUCCGUGAGCUCUACCCCGACAGCGAGGAGCUCUUCGACAUCGUCCUCAUGACCAACAACCACGCCCAGGUUGGGGUUCGUUUGAUCAACAGCAUCAACCACUACGAUCUGUUCAUCGAGAGGUUCUGCAUGACGGGAGGGAACAGCCCCAUCUGUUACCUCAAGGCCUAUCACACCAACCUCUACCUCUCCUCCGACGCCGAGAAAGUGAGUGGGGCCAUUGAAGAGGGGAUUGCUGCAGCCACCAUCUUCAGCCCCAGCAGGGACCUGGAGGUGUCGGAGAAGCAGCUGCGGGUGGCGUUCGACGGGGACGCCGUGCUCUUCUCAGAUGAGUCGGAGCAGAUCGUGAAGGCUCACGGCCUGGACAUGUUCUUUGAGCACGAAAAGGCUCACGAGAACAAGCCCCUGGCACAGGGCCCCCUGAAGGGCUUCCUGGAGGCACUGGGGAAGCUGCAGAAGAAGUUCUACUCCAAGGGGCUGAGGCUGGAGUGUCCCAUCCGCACGUACCUGGUGACGGCGCGGAGCGCGGCCAGCUCGGGGGCCCGGGCCCUAAAGACUCUGCGCAGCUGGGGCCUGGAGACGGACGAGGCUUUGUUCCUGGCCGGGGCUCCCAAGGGACCUCUGCUCAGGAAGAUCCGGCCCCACAUCUUCUUCGACGACCAGAUGUUCCACGUGGAGGGAGCGCAGGAGAUGGGCGCCGUGGCCGCCCACGUCCCCUACGGCGUGGCCCAGAAGCACAAGCGGCCGGCGCAGGAGAAGCAGCAGACCCCAAACAGCAAAUAGUGGGGCUGGGGGGAUCCCCCCACCAACCCCCAGCACGGACCUCAUCCCGUGGGCCGCGCUCCCUGCUCGUGCAGGGAAUGUUUGUUGUGGGAAUGGGAGCUCAUCCCCCGCUCAGGGGCUGCAGAGAGGAGGAAAAUGCCCUUGGUGCCUCUGUUCGCCGGGGUCUUGUGGCAUUGUCGCUGUUCCUCGUGGGGCUGGGGGCUCCUCUGUGCCAGGAGAUGUUUGCCCAGUUUAUCCGUGCACUCUGCACUUGCUUCAGGCAAAACCCCUCGAGGAUGGGUCUGCCUUGUGUGGAAUCUUUGUGCCAGGAAGGUUUAACCUAUUUAUUUAAAACCCCCAGUGAUUCCCAAAGCCUUCUGGCUUUCCCAAGCAAAUGGUGAACUGGAAAAUUGGGAGCACUCAAAAACCUUCCAAGCAGCUUUGAAACAAAAUUUUGUCCCCUUUAACUGGAAUUAAACCGUGAUAUUGUUCCUUCCCAGCCCCAGCUGCUGCUCCCCAACCAGAAAAUACUCGAUAUCUGUCCUUUCACCAAGAUUUUGCCAGCUUAAAUUUGGAAAAAUAGAAACAAAUACUUAACAUACUAAAAAAAAAAAAAAAAAAAAAAAAAAAAAAUCCUGUUUCCUGCUUGGAGCUUUGGGCUGGUGUAUUGUUGGCCCAGGUUUUUAUAUUUGGGUUUCACACUUGCAUGAUUUAGCACUUAAAACUAAUAAUCUCAGUGAGCAUCCAAAGCCCAGCUUGUCCAAGGGCUGCAGACGCAUGCCCAGGGCUUGAAUUAAGUUAAAAGCAGGCCUUGAUAUAUUAGGGACAUCAUUUGAAGUCCAUUUAGGUAAAUCUGCAGAGAAUUUCAGCCUGGGGAUUUCAAUUAAAGGAUUUUUUUUCUCCCUUUCUAGGCUGAGCCCAUAUGAGUUGAUAAUCUUUUUCUCCUCAGCUUCUUAAAACCUCUGGUGUUUCCUGAAAUAGACACCUCUGUUAGCGAUGCUGUGAGAGAACCAAAUCUCUGAUUAAAAAACAGGAUGGGAAAUCAAUGGGAGAGAAACUGGUGUGAAAAUCACACUGACAUUUCUGCUCAAAGCCCUGUCCCAAAGGAGACACUCGGGAGGAAAAUUUAAAGAUUAUCUUCCUUGUGGGUUUUUCUUUUCCUCUAUUUUUUUUUUUUUUUUUGCACGACAUCCCACGGCUGAGCAGGAAGGGUGCUCAAUAUUAUCAGGCAAUUUUCUACAAAUUCCAUGGGCUGAAAUUUUCCAAGUUGUGUGUCUGGCUCUUUCCAGGGAGGUUUCAGCUCCAACAGUGAAGCUGGAGCUGGAGUUAUCACCCUUUUGAGGAAUAUGUAAAUAACCAAGCUGGUGAUGCCUUCAGUGGCUCGGGAGACUUUUCUCAUUGCACUAAAUCCUGCUCUAGCAGUGAAAAGCAAAUUGCACUUUCCCCCCCCAAAAAAAAAUUCUUUGGCAGACUGUUAACUGUCACGUCUGGGUGACAAACACCUCGGAGGAAGGUCUAAAAUCCAAACAAACAAAUGAAAAAUCUUGGGAGAAACGAGUUUCUGAGUGUCACAUCCGCCAGCACUCAGGUUUAUAGAAAGGUCUUGUCUUUUUUAAUGUGAACCCAAGAUUUUGGGAUCUGAACUGGAUCUUGGAGACUUUUUUGGCAGCUGGGAGGGGGAGCACAGCCAGUAAACAUUUCCAAGGUGUUUCCUGAAGAUGGUGGAAGCCCAGCCAAGCCCGGCUUGUGCAGGGGAGAGGAUGUUGCAGGAGGAAUGGAAUUGUCAGCCAGCCCUGGGGAACAGGGCAGGGUGCCAGUGGAACUGGGGACACGGGGAUGUGUCCGUGGGAUGGUCCAGAGGUGAUGCUGGUGUUGGCAGGAGGAGAUGGCUGCCCAGGGAAGCAAUGGGUUGUGGUUUUGGGGCAGAACGCUGGAUUUGAGCAGAUUCCUGCUGCCUCUCCAGGCCCUGAGGUGCACAGGGAGCUGGGUGCAAGCUGGGGACAGGGUUUUAGUGACCCUGCUUUGGGUCCUCCUGCUGCCAGGGCAGCUUAGGGGCUCUCUGGGAGGUGUGGAGCUCAGGAAACGGGCCCCAGGUGAGCCAGACCUCCCCAAAUCCUUCACGAGCAGGGAGGAUUUUCCAUUCCCACCAUGGCUGCCCCUUUUGCUUUUCUCCACGUGGCUUCCUCUGUUUUUGUUUGGGUUUUUUUUGUUUUUUUUUUCCCUCCUCCAUCACUACAACUGGAAGACAAGGACUUGCUGCUUGUGUAGUCCCCUUGGGCUGGGGAGUGUCCCUGGGAUCAUCCCUUGGGAUGGGCACUUCUCCCACAGGGUCCUGCCUCUCCUGCUGUCCUGGCUGACAACUGGACUUUUCCUGCUGUGUGUUGUUGCUGUGGAUUUCACUUCUUUGUCCUCCAGUGGUUUUUUGCCAUGUUAAUGGGAUCCCUCGGGGUGUUUUUCCAAAAUAA